AGCUUUUUCUUUUUCUAAAUGAAUCUCGAUAUAGUCACAAAUCCAAUUUUUUUAUAUUAGGGAGCACAGGUACUGGAAAAUCAUCCUUUGCAGUCGAAUUGGCCACGUAUUUUAAAGAUAAAAAAAUAUAUAUAAAUGUCGCUAUAAUAAACUGUGAUGUUAUGCAGUUUUAUAAGGAUCUCCCAAUCCUUACAAACAAGACGCUAUCUGAUGAUAUGAAAAAAAUACCACAUGCAUUUUUAGGCUUUCUUGACUCCCACGAUUCUUACCUAUUUGAUCCCGUAAGAAAAAAUUUUAAUAGUCAAACAAUCGAUUCCAUGAUUGUUCAAAAUGUAACCAAUACACGUUUCGAUGUUCGUUCUUAUGUUGACAAGGUUACCGAGUUUAUAAAUAAGUAUUUUGAAGUGCACAAUAAUUCGGCCAUUAUAAUUUGUGGAGGAACAUGCUAUUACGCUCAAUCUAUUUUGUUUGAUAAUACCCUUGUUUCUGAGGACAACAAUGAAACUUCAAGUACACCCUCGGAUGAGGAUAAUGCAGGGGAUGAGCUUUGGGAUGAAUUAAAUAAAAUUGAUCCGCAAAUUGCUUCUCGUUACCACCCCAACGAUAAGCGUCGAUUAAGGCGUCUGAUCGAAAUAUAUAAAAAAAACAAAAAGUUACCAUCUGAUAUUUAUUCUUCUAAAAAUGUAAAACUCCGUUUUCCAAGGGAAAAGACAUUUGUGCUCUGUCUUUGGCUUCCGAGAGAGCAGUUAUAUAAAUCUCUUAAUUCAAGGGUCGAUCUUAUGGUAAACAAAGGUCUACUAUCCGAGGUGGAGGAAUUUCAAAAACGUAAUGAGGGGUCUAACCUCCAAACAAGCAUAAAUGAAGCUAUAGGAUUGAAAGAAUUUAAAGGCCUUUUCACUUAUAAAGAUAUACCUAGUGAAGAAUUUCAGGCUUUACUUCAGUCUGGAAUUAAGCAGGUAAAAUCGAAUACACGAAGGUAUGCUAGACAGCAGGAAAGGUGGCUGUUUAACCGAAUUCAAACGUUAUUAUAUCAUUUGAAAGAUAGUUUUAUUUCUCAUCAUUUUAUGAGAAUUGAUUCUUCUCACCUUAAAGAAUUGGCUAAUAUUUCAAAAUUGGUGCACGCCUUUUUUUCAAUUAAGACAGAAAAAUUAGAUUACGUCGAUUUUCUUCAUAAUAUUGCAAUCGAGCCAAAGAUGCCCGUCUCGCAGGAGGUCUGCAACGUCUGUAAUACAAUAAUAUAUGGAAGAGGUCAGAUGGAAUUACAUAUACUUUCUAAACACCAUCGUACGACUGUAAAACGUAGAAUUAACGAAAUUAAAUUCAGAGAAACCUAUGGAAGGGAUUUACCGCCCCCAAAGCGGAAAAAAAAUCCAAAUUAACUGGUUUCUAUGGAUUAUGAACAUAUAUA